AUGAACGUUAAUCUUCAAAAUUCCAAUAAUGAUUUAUCAACCUCUUUAUGUUCUUGUUCUACUUCAACUUUUGAAGAUUCUUUAAAUCGUAUAAAAUUAUUGGAGGUUGAAAAAGACAAAACAAAUUUGGCUUUUCAAUUAAUUUUGGCUAAACUUGAUUUGUUAACAAUUAACUCAACAAAACAAAGUUUCCCUGCAAAUAAUGUUUAUCUUCAAGAACAAGGACUCUGUCAAAAUCAAACAAUAAUUAAACAAUUACAAGAAUUGAAUGAUAAAAUGAGUGAAGAUUUUAAGCAAAAACAACAAAAAGAAAAAAUAAAAUAUUUAGAAUCGGAUAAAUUGAAAAAAGAGGAGGAAAUUAAAAUUUUGAAAGAAAAUUUGGAAGAAACUAAAAAUGAUUAUGAAAAUAAAAUUUUAACAAUGGGAGAAGCUGUGGAUGGAUGUUUUAAAAUUAGAGAAGAAUUUGAAAAAUUAAAAGAAGAAAAUGAAAAGAUUUAUAAAGAAAAAUUAAAAUUAUUAGAGCAAUUUAAAGAUGUAUUAGAGGAAUUGAGAGAUGACAUAUUAGAAAUAAGAAAUAUGAAAAAAAUUUUGUUGGAAUUAAACAAAAAAUUGGAAAUUUCUGAAUAUUUAAUAUUUUCACUUCGUUUGGAAAUUAAACUAAAUAAGAGGAAAUAUGAACAAGAAAUUAAAGAAAUUAAAGAUUUGGCGGAGGAUUUGGAAAAAGUAAAAAUUUUUAAUGAGCAUAACUUUACUUUUAACGAGGCUAGCCAUGUUAGAGAAAGAAAUACAGAAGAACUUUUGACAAACAAUAAACAAUUACAAUUAGAAAUUGAGAAAAAAGAUGAGAAGAUUCUUUCAUUAGAAAUGGAAGUCAAAACGCAACAACAACAACAAAACAAAAUAAAAUAUUUAGAAUUGGAUAAAUAUGAAAAAGAAGACGAAAUUAGAAUUUUGAAAAAGACAUCGGAUGGAGCUUUGGAUCAACUGUCUAAAUUUAAAAAAGAAUUUGGAAAAUUAAAAGAGGAAAAUGAAAAGAUUUUAAAAGAAAAAUUAGAAUUAUUAAAAGAAUUGGAAGAAAAUAAAUUAAAAAUUGGAAAAUAUGAAGAAGAUAAAAAAUUGGAAUUAAUUAAUUUGGCUAAAUUGAAAAGUGAAAAUGAGGGGAUUUUUAAAGUAAAAAAUAAAUUAUUGGAAGAAUUGGAGGAAUAUAAAAUUAAAAUUGUGGAAAUUGAUGAAGAAAAUAAAGAAUUAAAUAAAAAAUUAAAAGAUUCUGAAUAUAGACGUGAACAUGAAAUUGAAGUAAUUUACUUGGAGAGAUCAGAAUUUGAAGAUGAGCUUCGUGAAAUUCAUCUUACAUAUGAGACAGAAAAAAAUAAUGAAGAACUUUUAAAACAAAUUAAAGAAUUAAAUUUGGAAAAGACAAAUAUUCUUGUAGAAAAUAACAAUCUUCUUACUAAAAAUAUUGAAAAGGAUGAGAAAAUCAGUUCUUUAGGAUUGCAAGUCAAAACGUCGGAAAGAACUAUCAAUUCUCUCAAUGUUAAAAUUGAUGAAUUAACAUCAAAAUUGGAUCAAUUAAAUAAAGAAAAUGACAAACAACGAAUUGUGUUUAUGCGUAGAACAAAUAAAAUAAAUUUUAUUAAAAAUGAAAAUUCUUGUUGUGAUAAUAAAUGUAUUAAUUCUAAUUUACCUACUGGUUAUUGUUAUUAUAGAAAUGGAUAUGUUAAUGUUUAUGAGAAUGGAAUAAUAAAAUAUAGAAAUAAAAAUGUAGAUGAUUGGAAUAGCGAAAAUAAAUGGAUUUGUUUGUCUGCACAAUAUCCAUUCAACAAAGCUUCUGCUCAUGACAGUCUUCAGUCUUUAAUGUAUUUUGAAAUGAAAAUAUAUGAAGUACAUAAUUCAAAAAUGUAA